CCCCCACCCUAGUCGAUGUAUAACCAUCUCACUCGAGAAUUGUCAUUGUCAACGCUGGGAGGUUUUUGUAGCAUUGACAACUUGGACUCUUGAGGACUGGACACUGCUGCUGCUCCCGUAGAUGACACCCCUUAACGUCAAGCUCUUCGCGGGAGCCUUACGUUGAAGUACGCGCCACUAUGUCAGCGCAGGAAACACUUACCAUUUGACAAUAGAUUAUACAAAGUGGUUUUCAGAACAAAUGCCAAGUGGGAGAAGUUAUCUUGGUGGAUGUGACUAAGACACUAAGACGAUAUAAGAGUCCGGAAUGACAAAAUUGGCCCGGAGAUUGGAUUCAUUCUUUAGACAGGAGAUUCUUGACUUGAGCUAGCUAACUGUCGUUGAUACAUCUGACUGGCCACAGCUGUGGAUGCUGGUAUAUUAAACGUUCAACCGAGAUUCGCACCUUUAAUUGCAAAUAAGAGAAACCCUGAAAACAAUGCGAGAUGUGUCAAUCGUGGUGUGAGCGCUAAUCGGGCGACAAUAGUUGAUGGAAAAAUUUUGAGAUUUCUACAGAGAGCACACUGCGGGAAACUGUGUGUACAGCCGAUUAGCCUUACUUUAGCAUACACCUCGUGUGUGUGUAUAGUAAUUAUAGGAGUUCCCAGGUGUUCUACGUCCGCAAUUUUACUAGACUGCGCGGCACCACUCAAUAGGGAAACAUGGCGGCUUUGGAACAACACGGGAGUAGACAUUCAGGCGCCGGGAUCGGGGACACCCGAGCCUACUGGAGAACACCUCUCUCAACAAUAGCAAUUCUAGUCACGGUAGUACUGUUACAGACGGUGGUAGCAGCGCCAAACAGGCAUCAAAGGGACAUUACAGCGUUAAAGACUGAAGCAAUUGCACGAUUAUCAAAAGUAUUUGGGAUUGAAAAUCCACCUCAUAUUCAGACUCACAGGGCACCCCCUCAAUAUAUGUUGGACUUGUAUCAUAGCAUAGCAGACACUGGAGGGAUCACUAAGACGGCCACACCCUAUAAUGCAGACAUUGUACGAGGUCUCCCUGACAGAGACACCGUCCAUCAAAUGCAUUUCCAGUAUAAUGUAUCUCUUGUGGACGGAGGCGAGAGCGUCCAAGAGGCCGAGUUCCAUUUGUUUAAGCUACGUCCCCAGGGGGACGGGAGACACAGGCGGUCUCUACAUAGUGCCAGGUCGCACAUUAUAUUGUUGAAGAUAUAUCAGGUGAUGGAGCCUGAGAAUAUGUACGCCCCGGGUGGACUAAAGUUAUUGGACACUCGGAGGGUGAGCGCCCACUCGCGUGGCUGGGAGACGUUCAACGUGCGAGGAGCCGUGGACUAUUGGCUCAAUAAUUCAGAUAGUAACCAUGGUAUACUGGUCGAGGCACAGGGUUUGAACGGCGAGAGGGUGAACGGCAGUAUGAUACGAUUCGCCCAGAGGUCCCAGCAUCACGACAGUAAACAACCCGUCCUAGUGGUGUUCAGUAAAGAUGGUCGCAAGCAAAGAAUAGCAAAUACAAAUGAUUUAGAUUUUACCGAAUUCCGAGAAGAAUACGCAAACGAAUACAGACGGAUCUUGAGAAACCGUCAAAACAUGCAUAUUCGCCUGCUUAACGAGCGAGACAGGGCGCAGUGGGCACAAUGGCAGCGUUCAUACUUUAGCAGACGCAGCCAACAAAGAAGUCAACAAAGGAGUCAACAAAGACGUAGAAGACAGCUUGCAAGCGAAGACAGUGAAACCAUUGACUCUGAAUCAGACUCUGAUAACCAUGAGCAUGGCAUCCAAAAAAGAGCAGCAGAUUCUUAUAAUUUUAGUCGUAAGAGAAAACAAUCAUGCUCUCGACGCCAGUUGUAUGUAGAUUUCGAUGAGAUUGGCUGGUCGGGAUGGAUUAUCUCCCCACAGGGUUAUAACGCGUACCACUGUAAGGGAGAAUGUCCCUUUCCCCUAGGACAGAAUCAGAAGCCCACCAACCAUGCCACAGUGCAGAGCAUUGUGCACGCUUUACGCGUGGAAAAGGAUAUAUCUGAACCAUGUUGCGUACCCAACAAACUCUACUCCAUUAGUUUAUUGUAUUUUGACGACCACGAGAACGUCAUUCUAAAACAAUAUGAUGAUAUGGUCGCAGCUAGCUGUGGUUGCCAUUAGCGUUAUGAUAUCAUAGCAACAGGUAUUCUGUUGCCAAGGAAACCGCCAAAAUGUUGAUAGGAGACUAAACAGGUUCCUAACAACGCAAACAAGGAUAAGAACGUCCACACAACGUAAGAAUGUGUUAAAAGACGGUACUGGAAAACUGGACAGUAUUUCGUCUAUAGGAUAAAACACAUUGAAGACAGCAUGAUUGAACGUUAAUGCUAAACUUGCAAGCUUUAUCAUAAUAUGUCUGAGUAAUUAGAUCAGUUUUGUUCAGAUAAGGCAAAGUAACAGCAAAGUUUUCAAUUAUUCACAUGCCUGCAUUGCAAUUACUUAAUUAGAAAUACCCUGAUUGCACUAAUUUAUUCAAUAGUCUUUUUUACAACUUCUGAACAGUUUUUGGUGCACACAAGUUGUUUGGUAGAAAUUACCUUCAGUACUAUAACCCUUCCUAUUCAAUUAAUGUGAUCACCAUAACGACCAACUAAAAUCUCAUAAUAGUAAACAAUAAGAAAUUAAAUCCCAGUGUAUAUACACACAAAAUACUAAAAAUAUA